GAGCGGAGAUCAGCCGCAGAAGGAAGGAGGACCGGAGCUAAACCACACUUCAGGAUGGCGUCUGCAAAUGCCACAUAUGGACAGAAGGAGUCCUCAGACCAGAACUUUGAUUACAUGUUUAAAAUCCUCAUCAUUGGCAACAGCAGCGUUGGAAAGACGUCCUUCCUUUUCCGCUACGCAGAUGAUUCAUUCACACCAGCCUUCGUGAGCACGGUGGGCAUCGACUUCAAGGUCAAGACCAUCUACAGGAACGACAAGAGGAUAAAGCUGCAGAUCUGGGACACCGCUGGACAGGAGCGCUACAGGACGAUCACCACAGCUUAUUACAGGGGAGCCAUGGGCUUCAUCCUCAUGUAUGACAUCACCAACGAGGAAUCCUUCAACGCGGUGCAAGACUGGUCGACUCAGAUCAAGACGUACUCCUGGGACAAUGCUCAGGUGCUCCUGGUGGGGAACAAGUGUGACAUGGAGGAUGAACGAGUGGUGGCUGCAGAGAGGGGCCGGCAGCUGUCAGAGCAGCUCGGUUUCGAGUACUUUGAAGUGAGCGCCAAAGACAACGUAAACGUGAAGCAGACCUUCGAGCGGCUGGUGGACAUCAUCUGUGAGAGGAUGUCAGAGAGUCUGGACAACAACGACCCGUCUGUCACUGGGAAUAAACCGGGGCCGCAGCUCAGCGAGCAGCCCCAGAGGUCCAGUCAGGAUUGUGCUUGCUAAACACACAACUACACACACACACAAAAACACGCACACUCAGAUUGCUAUCCUGAAAACCACACACCUUAUUUUUCAGUUUCUCUUUUGCGUUCUCUUUAUUUCUUAUAAGCUCACACACACACACACACACACAAGCACUGCCAUACAGUCACACAACCUGGCUGCUUCAAUUCUCCCCCCUCUCACUACAUGAAGAGCACCGGACACAUGAGUCUGCUUUCACCAGAGGGAAAAUGUUUUCUGAGAUGCUGUCCGAAGGUUUUUGUUUAUUAAAUGUGGUAAUUUGGUCAAAGGGGUGAAGAAAGUUCAACAAAGGUUUCAACAAUCCUGUGUACACACACACACACACACACACACACACAC